GAGUAGGAGGGAGGGAGGGUUCAGGAUAUAAUAUCUGUGCUCGCGACCUGGGGAGGCACGCUGGGCUGUGAACCGAGCAAGAGUCGGAACAGAGAGAGGGAGAGAGGGAGAGGCAGGGAGAAGGGAGGAUCACAGGGAACGCAGGGAGGAGGGCAGAGUGGCCAAGCGAGAGUUUGAGUGCGGCGGGGAAAGAGCGCGAGUGAGCGGGGGGGGGGAGAGGUUUGAGGGAGGCUUGAGUGAGAAAAGAGGUCGAUCAAGAGAGAGAGAGGAGAGAGCGGGGUUGGGGAGGGAGUGAAGCAAUAGGAAAAGGAGAGCGGAAAGCGAUAGGAAGGAAAGAGAGGGAGGGAGGGAGAGGAAACCCCGUUUCUGCUUCUCUCGGUUUCAUAAGAGAACUCCGUGUCGGUGUUUGGAAGAAAAACAACAACAACCAAACAACCACAACCACCACCACCUCCGCGCUUCUCAAUUUCACGUUUCCUCCUGGAGCCGACGUCCGAGAGAGCCCCCCUCACCAGCCCAGCCAAAUGGACGUGGGCCCCCCAGCCCAGCCAAUGUGGGCCCCCCACUCCUCUCUGCUGGACAUGGAACAGGGUGGGGGUGCUGAUCCCCUUCCAUUCCCGGCCUCCACACCUGCCCAGCAGCCACCGUACGGAUUCUUCCAGCAUCAGCAGGAGCACGGCUACCCCAGUGAGGACGGAUUGUCAUCGCACAUAGCACGGAUGGCGAACGGGGCCUCUCCGCUCAGCGUCAUGUCCUCGUUCACCUGGCUGGACACCACUUCCUACCACCCUCACUACCUGCAACAACAACAACAGCAGCAGCAGCAGCAUCAUCAUAAUCAUCAUCAGCAGCAGCCGUGGUCCAUCGCCCAAGGCGGUCACUCCCCGGACUCCAGCGGGGCGUCCUCGUCCCCCCGAGAGACCGAGCGCCAGCCUGGGGCCAAGUCGUCGUCGUCGCCACUGCCGGCGCCCCCGUCGUUGUCCGCGUCGCCCGGCCCGCCGUCGUCCGAGCGGUCCCUCAGCCCCGGCAGCGAAAACGCCGACGAGACGCCGAGCCGGGCGGACUCGUCGCCCGCCGACUUCCGCCACCAUCACCACCACCACCAGCAGCACCAGCAACAACAACAACAACAGCAGCAGCAGCACUAUGGGCUGCUCGCCCAGGGCCUGUAUGGAGGUGUGGAGCUGUACCACCACCACCACCAACACCACCGCCACGACGUGUCGGCGGCGAUGGAGGCAGGGGGCCACGCGAAGGGCAAGGGCAAGGUUCGCCAGCCACCAGGGGAGCCGGCGCCCGCCGCGUGCGGCGAGAGUCGCGAGUGCGUCAACUGCGGCGCUACGGCGACGCCGCUGUGGCGUCGCGACGCCAACGGCCACUACCUGUGCAACGCUUGCGGCCUCUACCACAAGACCAACGGGCAGAACCGGCCCCUCAUCAAGCCCAAGAGGCGGCCGGCGAGCAGCUCCCGCCCGUCCACCACCUGCGCCAACUGCCAGACCACGACCACGACGCUGUGGAGGCGCAACGGCAGCGGCGAGCCGGUGUGCAACGCUUGCGGCCUCUACUUCAAGCUGCACAACGUGAACCGGCCAAUCGCCAUGAAGAAGGAGGCCAUCCAAACGCGCAACCGCAAGAACUCGACGGGCGGCAAGGCCCGCCGGCGGCCUCGGAAGGGCCGGGCGGCGGCCGACGAAACCUCGGACGCGGCGGUUCGGCGGCCUCCCUUCUUCCACGCCGCCCUCACGGCCUCCGCGCUGCCCCCGCACCUCCUGGGUAGCCACCACCAGCACCACCAGCACCACCACCAGCAGCAGCAGCAGCACCGGCUGCUCUCCCCGGCGUCGUUGGCGCUGACGGUGCCGCACGGCGUAGCCGGCGGAGCGACGCUGGCGUACCUCCCUCCGGACGGCGUGGCGCUGUCCGUUCAGCACCAGCAGCAGCAGCAGCAGUUUCAACACUACCAGCAUCAUCAUCAGCAGCAGCCCCUUCGCCCGCACCCCUCCGGCAACAUGCUGACCGCCAUGGGAUAAAUGCCGGCGCUGAGUGACGUCGGUGGUGAUGGUGGUGAUGAUGACGAGGUUCGGUUGAAACAACUGCCAAACAAAAGGCCACCGCGUGUGUGUGUGUGUGCGUGCGUGCGUGCGGUUACAUUCGAUAGAAUUUGUCAUCAAAGUGCGCCGUUGUGUUGCCUGGAGAGGGACGCUGUCGGCUGGUAGUCCUCUCACGUCGGGGAGACGUGGCACAGUUUUGGUGGGCACAAUAUUGGCGUGCAAAUCAAAUUUUUUAUUUUUUUUAUUUUAUUUUAUCCGAUGAGACUCUGUGAAGGUUCUGCGCAGCGCAUUUGGACAACUGAAGAGUGACCGUGUCGGCGCCUGCGCCGGACGCUUUGAACGCAGGCCGCGAGUCUGCGUCACCGGCUUCCUGGGGUACAAGUUCCAAUAUUUACCGGAAUUCUCAGUUCGGCGUCGGCGUCCUUUAUUCGGCCAAGGCGAGAGCAGAUUUAGAUUUUAUAUAUGAAUAUAUACGUGUAAUUCACUUCGCAAAGAUUAUAUUUGAAACCAUAGUUACGUGGGGUACCGGCUUUUACUCGUCGUCCAUUUCCGACGUUCGUUUUUUUUGUGCAGCUUUGAGAAAGCGCCGAUUUUUAUUUUAGGUUUUUUUUUAUUUUUCCCGGCAGUGCCGUCAUCUCGCCGCGGGCCUUCCCCUGGAGAUCUUACGGCCCGCGCCGUCUCUCGAACGGUCGUUGGGCGCGUCGGACGAUGAACCAUUUUUUAACGUUUGCCCAAGCGUACGUACGGUUGAACUUCUUUCGCGCCGCACGUGGCCAACCGUGCUCCUCGGGGGGGGGGGGGGGAGGGGGGGUGGAAGGACAAUGAACAUGAACACGUGAACGAACGAGCAAACAGAAUCGCACAACUCGACGGGACUCGGAGCCAGGGGUCCGUGCCGUGCAUCACGGGACGAAGCGACCGCUUUGGAUUCAUGAGAAUAUAUUCUUUGCUUGUUUCAGCGGAGUGACUCCGGUUAACUUGCGAUCGCUAUUCUCGUUAAACGAUUCCCAGCCGCCAUGGAUCUUAACGCUUCGCACACGCGGGCUCCGAGGCACGGAUUCGCAGACUGACCUGCUUCAUCCGCUGCAUCCACGCACACACAAAGACAAAGAUAUACCCGCGUGUAGCCUGAGCAGACUUUAUGGGGCAAGUGCUGUUCGCUAGUAGCAACCAACGAA